UCGUACUGGUGGGGGGUAGUGAAAACAAAACUAUUAGCAGCGCAAAGCGUGUUUUAAAAAUUCCUGCAUAUGUUAAAAAUGAUGCACGUAAAAACAUACAACAGAGGUUUUACAAAGAUACAAGAGUAUAAAAAUGAAAUGAAGAGGUCCUAGUUAAAAAGAUAAAGCGGCAUAGCGAAUUAAAGUCACAUUGACAAUGGCGAACGAAAAUAAUAUUGAAGGCGGUGGUGCCUAUCGAUUUCCGAUGUUGGAUGCAAUACAAUGUAUACCAGAAUUUCAUGGUUCAGUUAAUGAACUGGAACCAUUUUUAUGUCAAAUAAGUUAUUUUGCGGAGCAAAUCCCGCAAGGUGCGAAUGAAAAACCUUUAGCAAAUGUUAUACUUAAGAAAUUAAAAGGAAAUGCCGCAACUUUUAUCAAUAGAAUAAGAGCCAAUACAAUAAAUGAUGUAUUCCAAAAUUUGAGAGAUCAAUUUGCAGUAAAAGUGACAGUAGAAGAGAUUCUUAUCAGGAUCGAAACUCUUGAACAAAAAUAUGGAGAUUUUUUUGAAGAGUACGCUGAAAGAGCGCUACAAAUAAUGGAAUUUAUUGACACUCAACAAGAGAAUCAAGUCACGGAGGAAGUACAAAAAUCCUUUGCAGAAAGAGCAUUAACGAUUCAUUUUAUAGCAGGAUUAUCGAAUAAAAACUUAAAGCAACUAGCAAAAAAUCACAGGCUUCUUAAGUUUCAAGAAUUAAUAGGAUUCCUAAAAGAGGAGGCAAAAAUCAGCUAUAUAUUAACAAAUAUUGAAAAUCGGCUGCUAUCCUACCAUGCAAUUGAUAAACCAAAACUCUGUCCAAGCAACAAAUAUAAAUGUUAUCCAGAGAGACAAAUUGAAAAUUCCCAUAAAUACAACCGGAAUUUACACAACGAAUUUUAUCGUAACGACAAAUGCUUGAUCGAAGAUAGCAAUUUUGAUAGUAAACACUUAAAAUAUAAUGCAAAACAACUGCGGGUAAACUGCAUGACAUACAGUAAUAGAAACAUAUUGCGAAGAUAUGAUAAUAAUACCAGAAGCAGAAAGGUUCCUGAUCAAAGGAGAUAUGGAGCAUCUAGAUAUUCGAACGCAAAUAAUUUCAAGGAAAAACGUCCAGAAGGGAUAUGGGUUAAACUACAUAACACAAAAGACUAUGAAUUUAUGAUGUUAUUGAGAUCGGCAACCAGACCUAAUAACGAAAUGAGCUUCCUAGUAGACACAGGAGCAUGUGGCAACAUGAUAAGUAGACGAAACGCAGAGUACAUGGGGGCAUAUACAAUUAAUGGGAACGAAGUAAUAGAAUAUUCUGGGGUAACAGGUACUGUUAGAAAAACAUUAGGUACCGUAGAACUGAAUUUUAUCAUCGCAGGAAGAAUUUUCCAAACGAAGUUCAACGUAGUGGAGAAUUUGACUCCAGGUGGUAUUUUGGGAAUGAGAUUUAUGAAUAAGUAUGUUCUUAGUAUGCACAAUGACCGAGGGUGGAUAUGCUUACGGAAAAUACCUCUCACAUUUGAACCAAAAACGGAAUCGUAUGAAACUCAUCAGAAACAGGAGAACAGAGUGCCGGAAUACGAGGCAGGUAACGAGGUCAAGGUACAGGAAAAAUACCAAACGGAAGAUCAAACCAAGCUUAGUCUACAGGGUAGGCAACGUACAGAAACGACAAAAAAUUACACGGGGCAAUUGCAAGAAAGUAUGCAACCACAUGAAUUGUUGAAAAUAAAUUGUACUAGAAACAAUCAAUUGUUAGUGAGAAUUGCUUCAGUAAAUAGACCGAAUGAAAAAAUUAAAUAUAUGCUCGAUACUGGAGCCUUUUAUAACGUGAUGAGAUGGGAUACUGUUGCGAAAAUAGGUGCAGAGGAAAUAAACUAUAAAGAUAAUUUAUACAUUGCAGGCUUUGAUGGAACUCAAUCACAGACUAUUGGGUCAGUGAAAAUCACGUUGAUUAUUGGAAAAACUCAAUACAGAGUUAGGUUUUACAUAGUAAAAGAUUUAUGUGUUCCUGGAAUCAUUGGAGCAGAGUUUUUAAAGAUAUAUAAAAUUUAUGUCACUCAGAAUUUCGAGUGCAUAUGCCUAAGGGUACCAAACGAGUACAUUAAAACAGAAUAUAUUCCAAUAUCGAAAAAAGAAAAUUUUAACAGAGCUGAGAAUUAUGGAACGCGUGCUGCAAAUAACGAUAAGGUCAACAUUGAAAUAUCAAACCGAAAUGAAAGAAACAAAGUAGUUUGUGAUAGUAAACAAAAGCCAAAGAUGUUGUCAAAAAGCGACAACAAUUGUUACAUAAAUAAAUCAACAAGUAGAGAGAGUACAAUCAAGAAAAAUAUUAAAAAUAAUGUGGAGAAUGACAAAAAAGAAUUAAUUAAAACAGAAUAUAUUCCAAUAUCGAAAAAAGAAAAUUUUAACAGAGCUGAGAAUUAUGGAACGCGUGCUGCAAAUAACGAUAAGGUCAACAUUGAAAUAUCAAACCGAAAUGAAAGAAACAAAGUAGUUUGUGAUAGUAAACAAAAGCCAAAGAUGUUGUCAAAAAGCGACAACAAUUGUUACAUAAAUAAAUCAACAAGUAGAGAGAGUACAAUCAAGAAAAAUAUUAAAAAUAAUGUGGAGAAUGACAAAAAAGAAUUAAUCAUCGUAAAUGCUGAAGCCAUCGAGCGCGGUAUAUCGAAGCAUGAUAAACAUGAAACAAACCAAAAAGUGAAUAAAAAUGAAAACAUUAAUGUUGUGCCUCAUAACAACAAUGAAAUAUACGACAACGACGAUCGUUCAGAUAGUAUGCUUCCCUUUUGUGGAACUAACAUUGCUAAUGAAAAAGAACACGAUUUGUUAAAAAGAUAUUGCAACGAGGAAGAUAUAUAUUUACUUGAUUUAGAAUCAAACCAAGACCUGGAUUUAACGGAAAAUAAAAGAUACGGUCAAACAACUGGUCAGGACCGGACGGAUAAAGUACUGGAAACAUUAAAUACAGAUCACUUGAAAAGAGAAAACUUUGUAGGCAUAGAGAGAAUUAUGGCAACGUAUAGCGAUGUCUUCUAUUUGAAGGGGGAUAAAUUAACUAUCACCGAUGCAGCGGUACAUGAAAUUGAAACUACUUCAAACGUGCCUAUCAAUAAACGGCAAUACAGAUUUCCAGAAGCCACUAAAAAACAUAUUAAUGAUGAAAUUGAAGAAAUGAGGAGGCAAGGUAUCAUAAGGCCUAGUAAGAGUCCGUGGAAUGCACCAGUCUUAUGUGUUCCUAAGAAGGACGAUGAAUUUGGAAACAAGAAAUACAGAAUUGUGGUUGACUUUAGGGCUCUAAAUUUAGUAACAAAACCAUUUGUAUACCCAAUUCCACUAAUCGACGAGAUUUUAGACAAUCUCGGAAACAGUAAAUAUUUUUCCACUUUGGAUUUAAAAUCGGGAUUUUAUCAAGUACCCAUUAACUCAAAAGAUGCUGCCAAGACAGCGUUUUCAACUCCAAAAGGCCACUUUGAGUUCACAAGAAUGCCUAUGGGUUUACGAAAUAGUCCAUCCACUUUUCAGCGAUUAAUGAAUACGGUGUUGUAUGAAAUAAAAGAUGUGAAAGCUAUAGUCUACCUGGACUACAUAAUUGUUUUUGGUUCAACUAUUGAAGAACAUAAUGAUAACUUGUGCAAAGUUUUAAGGGCAUUGCGCCGACAUAAUUUAAAAGUCGAGCCAGGAAAAUGUCAAAUUUUAAAAACGGAAAUAAAAUACUUAGGUCAUGCAAUCGACAAGGAAGGCAUCCGGCCUACUGAAGAAAACAUUAAGGCAAUGAAAGAAAUGAUAGCGCCCAGGUCGGUUAAAGGAGUCCGCUCAUUUUUAGGGACAGUAAAUUUUUAUGGAAAAUUUAUACCACAUAUAGCAGAGAAACGUAAACCACUGAACGAUCUCUUGCGAAAGAAUGUGAAGUUUGUUUGGACUAACGAGUGUCAAAAAGCCUUUGAGGAACUAAGAAACUUUUUAACUUCAGAUGCACUGUUGGUAAGACCAAAUUACAAAGACGUGUUCGUAAUUACAACCGACGCUAGUGAGUACGCCCUUGGAGCGGUACUUUCCAAUGAAAAAUCGAUCGACAGGCCUAUUUCUUAUGCAAGCAGAGGUCUAGUAGGUGCUGAAAGAAAAUACCAUACGAUUGAAAAGGAGUUGUACGCCAUCGUAUGGGCAGUGAAUCGCUUCAAACAUUUUAUUUAUAAUCAGAGAUUUAUUGUAUACACUGAUCAUAGACCGCUGAUUUCAAUAUGGCAUUUAAAAGAAACUUCGCCUACGCUAACGCGUUUACGUCUAAAAUUACAGGGACUCGAAAUGGACAUUCGCUAUAAACAAGGCAAAGACAAUGUUGUGGCAGACUUUUUAUCCAGACUGCCCGAACAGGCCGAGGCCUUACAUCCUAUUUCAAUAGUCACUAGACAGCAAAAGCGUCAACAGCAGCAAGCAGAGAAAAUUGAACUUGCGAAGCGGAAAGACGCGGAAAAUAAAACAACUUCCCCAAAACAACUGAAAGACGAAUCAGGCAGGUUUGCGUUAUUUAAAAAUAAACAAAAGACAGAAUGGAAUCCGCACAUGGACGGAUUAGAAAAUAUCGAUUUUGGAUGGGACGAAAAGGAAGAUUUGGGAGUACUCUCAUAUUUCGAAGAAUAUGAAAUAUGCAUAAAUAACAAUGACAUUAAAUUUGAUCUGCUUAAAUUUUCAAAACAAAAAACUAACGAAAGUGAUUUUGAUGGUACUUUCGUAAUAGUAAACAGUAGAUCAGCAUAUAAAGAACUAGCCGAGCUGAUACACUUACCAUACGGUUUAAAAGACUACCUAAAUGGAAGAGUAUUUUCAAUUCCAGAUCGUAAAAUAUGGGGAUUGGUUCUAAAUGGCUCUAGUAGAUCAAUAACCGAUACAAGAAUUCUAAUAGAUGGGUUAGUAGAUGCAUUCACUAACUGCCCUGAAGACAUGAAAAAUGCAAAGAACAUGCUAAUUAUCUCUUUCCGAAACAUGCAGAAAACCCCUGAGGCAAAUGUAUUGAGAUUUAUUGCCGAGAAAUUUGAUAAAAUUUUUACACUAUACGCACCUGAAAAAGAUAGGAUGUGGGUGCCAGAAAAAGACCGCGAAACUACAUUGAAAGAAUUCCUCGAUGCUCCUCUAGGCGGACAUGUUGGAAGCAAACGAAUGUUGAAAAGAAUGAGUCCACUAUUCCGUUGGACUAAUAUGCGGAAGGAUAUUGAAAAUUAUGUUAAACAAUGUAGCUCGUGCCAGAAAAACAAAAUCGGUCGAGCGAACAAAAUUCCAAUGAGAAUUACCACGACAUCGUCCGAACCGUUCGAGAAAUUGUAUAUGGACAUAGUGGUAUUACCCGAGUCAGAAUGGGGGAACAGAUACGGACUUGUGAUGCAAGACGAUCUGACUAGAUAUCUAAUUGUAGCACCGAUGGAAAAUCAAGAGAGUGCCACGGUCGCGCAAACUUUCGUGAAUAAUUAUAUAUGUAAAUAUGGAACACCCGCCGAAUUGGUAACCGAUAACGGAACCAAUUUUGUUAGUUCUCUUAUGAAAAAUGUAUGCAAAAUUUUAAAAAUUAAAAAAAUUACUACAAGUGCAUAUCAUCCACAAGCAAACUUGGUGGAACGAUCGAAUAGGGAAUUGAAAACCUAUUUAAGACAAUACGUAGGUAACGAACCGAAAACAUGGGAUCAAUUACUCCCAUUCUUCAGUUUCGAAUAUAAUACCACUGUAAAUUCCUCAACGGGUUAUACACCGUUUGAAUUAUUAUACGGAAGACGGGCGAACAUUCCAAACUCCGUUUACAAAUACGAUAAUGAUGGUCUCUACUAUGAGGACUACGUCAAUGAAAUGCGAUCUACAUUUAAACGACUUCACCACCAAGCCCGGGAGAAUCUAAUUGCGUCUAAACACAAGCGCAAAGAAUUAUAUGAUAAAAACUCCAACGAGUGGCAGCCAAUGUGGGGAGACUUAGUGUUAGUCAAAACCAAUCCCACAGGCGCAGGCCAAAAAUUACAAUCACUCUGGAGAGGACCAUAUGAAGUAGUCGCUCUACCUAGUGAACAGACAACAACGAUUAAAAAUGGAAACAGGCUUGAGAAGAUCCAUAAUAAUCGCUUGAAAAGAUAUACCGAAUGAUUUAUACAAAAAAAAAUUCCACUCUAUAGAGUCUUUUAACUGAAAAGAUAACCGUUAAUACAAUAUAAUAAUAAACGAAAUAAUGGGAUAAAGAUCGUUUGUUUGUUAAUCAUGAAAAAGUGUAUGAGAUUUUGAAACACAAAAUCAAGAUGAAAUUCAAGUUAACAAAUUAUGAAAAUCAAUAGCGAAAAAUAUAUUCGACAAAGCGAUAUUGUUUGAAUAUGCAACAUAAAAGUGUAGAUAAAUUAAUGUAAAACGGAUAAAAGUUAUUUAAAUGUGCACGACUAGAUAUCAACACGAACAAAACAUUAAAUAAUGAUUCAGGGUUAAAAGUAUCAAAGGAAAAUCAACUUUUAUGGAUCUAUGGAUUACGAAAAAAUUAUGUAAAAAAAAAAAUUCCAUGCAUAAAAAUCAGUCAGGAUAACAAUAAGAAUAUAAAAAUAAAAAAAAAAUCACUAAAGAGUAUUAUGAGAAACAUUUUUGCUUACAAUGGAAAGCAAACUUAAUACAAGGGAAACAAUAUCAAGUAGUAGUAAAAGGAUGAUGGGAUAUAACCACAAGGGGGUACUCAAACGGGAUUUGUUUUCAUAGUUUUUAUAGAUUCAAAAUAAAAUGACAUGAUGAACAUUAGGUCAGCAGAAACAUAUUGAUUCAUAGUUAGACAUUAAACUAAUAUAAUGAAAAAAUAAAAUUCAACAAUAACGUAAUGGAAUAAGAAUACGACUAAACGUUAGAAUUAGAAUACGACCAAACGUUAGUGGACAGAGUAACAAAUACCAAAACGACGUUGGCCAACAUAUAAUUCCUAUGCAAUAAAGGUAUUUUAGCAAUUUCUUCAGUAUGAGUGUGGAAACAAGUGUGUGUAUGGACAAGGGGAGCCGGACCCCAGAAUGAAAAGAAAGUGCGCACUAUUUGAACGGAAUGGCAAUAUGAAAUCAAAUUUUGUGAUAAUUCUCAAUUCUCAAACAAGACAGACAAUCGUAAUGAAACAAGAAUAUGAACCUGAAAAUCGGAUUUUACUUGAAAUCUCAAAUAAUUUAUGACAAAAUAAACACAACAUUCAACUAAUCGUACAGGGUCGUAUAAAGGGAUAAUACAUAAAUCAAAUCAAUAGGAAAUUAAUUAAUAAUACUGCAAAAAAAAAAACGUGUUGAAAGGAUGAAGGGAAAUACAAUUCAUAUGUGAACAUGAAAGAAAUCAAUAAACCACUUUACAAUGUAUACUAACAUAUAUAUCGGAUUUAUUCACAAAUUGUGUUCAAAUUAAUCUAAAAGACAAAUCUAAGUAUGUUUUCAGAUCAAUAUAGACCGCCGAAAACACACCUCAGUAAGUAAGGGGGGAUAGUUGCGGCGUGGAACUGACCAUUCGACCUGAACGAAAAGCAAAAACCAAACAAAAAGAAGGAAGGUAGCAAUUACCAGAGGCAAAUGAAGGAAAAACAAGUCAAUGGACAGAGAUAAGCAUUAUGUAAGCAGCAUUCAUGGUUAAAGGGAAGCUAAUAGUAUGUUGAUUGCCAAAGAUAGAUUAGAUUGAUAGAAAGAGUGUACAACAAUAAACUGAAAAAAUAAUAAAAAAAAAACAAACAAGAUCCUACAAUUGUUUACGAAAAUUGAUUUAUAUAUACACGCGGUGGAAACAAUACAUUAUAGAAAGGAUAACAAUUUAGUAUUAGGUACAAGGUACAGCUAUGCAAGUUUUUUAGGAGAUUAUUUGUAGAAGAAAUCGGAGCUCUGGCCAACGUGUGCAUCCAACGUAUUCAUCGCGGUCGUGCAAGAAGGAAGGAUGUCGGUAGCAUAGCAAAGCUACCUAAGAGAACGAGAGGGUGUGGUCGAAUGCGGUGGCAAGUCAGUCGAAGACAAAGGGGACCGUGGACCCAUCAAGAUGUCGGAAAUAUGAACACAAGAGCCAGUAAAUCGGAAGGAGGUGCAGAUUCGGUACUGGGGACCAUAGCAACGAAUUGAAGUAAAACGCAGUCAACACAGUUAAAGACGAUGCGCGGGUGCAGCACAACAGUCCAAAGUGCCAUCCCAUAUCUCUCACGAAAGAAGACAAGAAGGAAGUGAACGCAGUCAACACAGUAAAAGACGAUGCGCGGGUGAAGCACAACAGUCCAAAGUGCUAUCCCGUGUUUCACACGCAAUAAGGUAAGAAGGAAGUAAACGCAGUCGACACCGUCGAAAAUGAUCUGAGCGGGGUGCCACAACAAUACAAGGUACUACCCGCGUGUUUCACUCAGUGGGCAUCGUCAAAGCUCAACUGAGUGCCAUAAACAAGCAAAGGAAAAGAAUUCAAUGAUCAUUGGGAAAGCGACCACGAAACCCGACGAAACAUUUUUGGAGAUGCGCUAGAAGCCUCAACUCAUCGGACAGAAUAAUGCAGCAGUUUCGAUGACAAUUAAAACUCAAACGAAACAGCGAUUAAUUCCUAAACUAUGGGCAACAAACCGAAGGAUACUGAGAUGAGAACCAGACGAGAAGAAGGAGCUACCAUGGAGGAAAUGACACGGCACCCAGAGUCCAAGACUAGCAACCGUUCGAUCACCCCACCCCACAGAGAAGGUAUAGACAAAAGCAACUACAAGGUGACACUGGGACUGGAAUGGAAGCACACGCUACGGCAUUAUAAGGUUAGGGAAGCUAACUUCAUCAAAUAUUUAAAUGAAACAAAGUGCAUAUGUAAACAGAAAAAAAAAAACAAAUAUGUAAACAAAAAAAAAGGAUCAAAAAAUUAUUAAUCUUUUGUAACGGCACUCUUAGGGUUUACAUUUCGUUAGCAUAGCGGGUUAAGUUAUUACCCACGCAAUCAACUUGAUGGUAUCAUCAAGCUCAGUAAGUAAGGGGGCAUGCAGCAGCCCUAAUUUUUCCAAAGAAAUCUUUACCUUAGCAGUAGACCAGUAGAGCAAUAACAAUAACGAUGAUGCCAAUGUAUCGCUAUUCAUCAACUAUACAGAAGUAAUUCUUACAUUCACUUACAUUAUAACUGUAGCAGCCCUAAUUUUUCCAUAAAAAUCAUUAUCUAGCUAGUACAGGCAGUAGACCAGUUGAGUCAUUGUAAUGCCCACGGCUGGCUAUUUCAAUAUAUUGCAUCA